AUGUGCUACCUCGGGAGGUCCUGCUGGGGCUCCAGCGCCGCAGGAUUGGAUCGCCGGAACCACCUGAGCCGGUACCAGCACCAUGUCUACCACGAGCAGCAAUCUAGGUCAUUCGUUCGGACGAGGGGGGCCCUUUCGAAGCCCAAAGAGGUCCCCACACGGUUCUCUGACGCACCUUCCAUCUCCAUCCCUCCGGCCGUGGAUGCUGGCGCAGCUGCCGGCCCUUCCGUCGCUGGGAAGAGAGGAUUAAUGAGUUGGUACCUUGGCAUGCUUGACGCCCGGCCCGUACUCACCAAGAGCAUCACUGCGGGGCUUAUAUUUACUUUGGCUGAUCUCUCAGCGCAGGUACUCAGCCAGUUGGUUCCCUUCGUUUAGAUGUCUGAUUUGUAUAAUCUUUGACUGGUAUCGGCAGCUGUUGAAGAAGAAGUAUGCUAGGAUCUUGGAGGGUAUUUUAUUUUUAUCAAAUUCUUUGUCAUUUAUUUUCGAGAAUUUUACCAGAGAGCUUACCAAUUUUCUGUCUUGGAAUGUGUGGUAGAAUUGGUACCAAUUUGGUGUUCAUGGGGUGACUAACACACCUCUCGUUUUAUCUCAUCUUUUUUUGUUGAUCUGAAGAAAUUUAUCUUUUUAGUGUCAAUGGAUCAACUUAAAAUAAUUUUCCUUUUGCAGUCUUUCUUGUAAUACUUCCACUGUCUUCAUUACAGUUCCGCAUGUCGCAGAAAAGACGAGCCAACCCAAUGAAUUAGAGAAAACGUCCUAGAAUUAAAGCUUAAAGCGGCAUUGUCCUAGAAAUCGUGUUAUUUUCAUCAGAACAAGCAAUAGGAUAUUGAACAUGCUCAGGUUUAUGGCCUAUUAAUAUCCUUCAGUGCCCCCUCCUCCUUGAAAGUAGCUCGCCCAAAACUUGUCAGAAGAUGAACCCUCUUGUACAGAGGUUUGUCUUUGUUUUCAGUUAUUCGUUUAACGUCACUUCCCAGACAUAGAGAACUUUACCGAUCGUUCUAAUUUUAAUGUUAUUUAUGCAUUAUUAGAUAAGCGAGGAGAAACAUGUUAGAUUUUGUCAAUUCUAGCCAUUUUUUAAGAUCUUGAACUUCAUUUCGUCAUUAAUCCGCGGAUUACAGAAGAGAAUACGCCUUGUCCACAGUCACACCCUUAUCCGGCUUUCUUUUACCCUGAGAUGCAGGCUGUGUGCUGGGACCUGUUGUCAUAUUCUUACAGUAGGUACCCUGAUGACGUUUUAUGAACUUGUUUCCUCUUUGAGGAAUGUUCAACGUCGUUCAUUUUGUAGCAAUAAAUAUUAUUUUGCCGUGUCACUAGAACUGUUAAAAGCAAAGAGAAAAACAAAGAGUUCUUUAGAGCUAUACAGAAUUUUGUGUUGGAGUGGUGUCAGGUGCGCGCUGUGCCCUUUAGCAGUAUUUUUCUCUGUCGUUUUUUAUCAUUUGGCUUCUAUUAUACUCUGGUUUUGUAGCUUUAUGAUCUGAAACGCGGGGAAAGGUGUUGAUAUCUUUAUCUUCUUAUGUUAAUAAUCAUUCAUAGAAAAGAAGCAAAUUUUUUUCAUCGCUCGUCUAUUCCACUUAAUCUUACAGACGUCCGAUUCUUUUCUGCAUCUAUUUAUCAGACAAUCACGGCGCCUUCGGAUUCUUUUGACCUGAUAAGAACAUCGCGAAUGGCUGGCUAUGGAAUGCUCAUCUCUGGACCGUCACUUCAUUUGUGGUUCAACUUCCUAUCGAGGAUUCUGCCCAAAAGGGAUGUCAUCAACACCCUAAAGAAAAUUGUUUUGGGGCAAGCUGUUUAUGGGCCUAUCAUCUGUACAGUUUUCUUCUCUGUGAAUGCCGCUCUACAAGGUGCCUAAGCAUUCCUAGAAAGAGUUUAUGGUUGUUUUAUUGUUUCUUUACAGUUUUCUAGAAAGAGCUUACUGUUAUUAUAUUGUUUUAUUUUAAUCAGUAACCAAAAAUAUCUGACAAAUAGUGUGCAGAAAUAUGUGUAGCCCUUUUAUGAUCUGUGUAUUUUUCAUCAUUUUUUGCUAAUCUGACUGAAGUUGAGGAACUAUGUAUACACCUAUUAUGACUGUCAGUUUUAGAAGUUUAAAACGUGUGUUUCCAAUGUAUCAGAAUUUAUGGUUUUUCCCGUUAUUUUUCAUAAUAAUUAAAUGAAAAAUGGCGCCUGCAAUUCGCUGAAUAAAUAAUAUUUUUAUUUUAUGAUUCAAGCCUUGUAUAUUUUUAUUGCAGAGCAGUGAUAGGACACAGCUAGUUAGCUACAUUUAUUUAUUUAUUUGGCUUGAAACUCCAUUUUCUCUUCUGAUAAAUUUGCACGAUGAAUUGUUGAGAAUUUUUUUCAGAAAAGUUUGUAAAAUCUGAUUUAUUAAUUUUUCUUGCACAUGAGCUCCUGAACAUUUCUGGUUAACCGCAGGUGAGACUGCCUCGGAAAUCCUUUCCAGGCUGAAGAGAGACCUGCCGCCUACGAUCCUUAAUGGGCUUGCGUACUGGCCCAUGUGCGAUUUCAUCAUAUUCAGAUUUGUUCCUGUCCGUCUGCAGGUAAUAUGCAUUUAUGAUAUCCUUACUCGUUAUUUUAGCAUUUUUUUCAAAAAAUAUUUAUGUUUAUGAUAAUAUUUUUAAAAUGUUAAAUUCCCCUUUUUAGUAGGGGACCCUUUUAUUUAAGAACCUUUUGAAGCAUUUGUUCUUCUCUUUUUCCUCAGCCGUUGGUGAGCAAUUCCUUCGCAUUUAUAUGGACCAUUUACAUCACGUACAUGGCGAGCUUAGGCAGGGCCGGUGCGGUGGGGAGUGCGGCCGCCUGA